CAAGCACACGAGACACCAUCAUGUUUAAAAUAGUUGUGUUUCUAUCGGUAAUAUUCACUGUUAUAUUAAAAGCCAACGGUUUACAAUGUUACGUGUGCUACGAUUGUUUGACCGUGAGCGAUGAUUACCUGAAGUCCUGCGACUCCUUGCUUCCUACUAGUACUGCUCAACCCGAUACCACCACAAGUACUGAAUCUACUUCUUCAAAUUCAACAACGAAUACAACAACGACUACAACUAUAGCUCCUCAAUUGCAAGUCUCAAAUUCUGCGGAGAGACUAGAGAGGGCAAACACGACAUGGGAGUGUGUCCAGGGAACUAUUCCAGUAAACGGUUCCGACGUGAUCGUCCGCGGUUGCGCAGCGGGCCGCACCAACGAAACCUGUGAUAUGUUCGGACUGCAUGCCUGUUCCUUCUGCUCGAAGGACAAAUGCAACUCAGCUGGAUCCGUACAGGUCUCGGCUGCUGUUCUAGCUAUAGCAUUUUUCGCGUAUAUAGUUAAGGACUUUUGAGGUCGCAAACGGGUCGUGAGCUGAUGAGACUGAGAGUUUAUGAGCCGCGUGACGUGUUUUCAAAGCUGUAGGGCAAACACAUGAUGAGCACCACAGUUUAUUGCCCUCGAGUUGGACUACCCGUCCUACUUCAAUUAAUUCAGUUGGAAAAGGUCGGGUAGUCUUAUACGAGUAUCUCAAACGAGAUAAGUACCGUCAUUGCAGUAUUGCACUCAUCAUGUGCUUGCCUUGAUGAAUGA